CUCUCGCUCCCGGGUCAGACGGCCGGAGCGAGAAGAUGGCGAAGACGUACGAUUAUCUGUUCAAGCUGCUGCUGAUCGGCGACUCGGGGGUGGGCAAGACCUGCCUCCUUUUCCGCUUCUCGGAGGACGCCUUUAACACCACCUUCAUCUCCACCAUCGGAAUUGAUUUUAAAAUCAGAACGAUAGAACUUGAUGGAAAGAAAAUUAAGCUUCAGAUAUGGGACACAGCAGGUCAGGAAAGAUUUCGAACCAUCACGACAGCAUACUAUAGAGGAGCCAUGGGAAUCAUGCUGGUCUAUGACAUCACAAAUGAAAAGUCCUUCGACAAUAUUAAAAAUUGGAUAAGAAACAUUGAAGAGCAUGCCUCUUUAGACGUGGAAAGAAUGAUCUUGGGUAACAAAUGCGAUAUGAAUGACAAAAGACAAGUGUCAAAAGAAAGAGGGGAGAAGUUAGCAAUUGACUAUGGGAUUAAAUUCUUGGAGACAAGUGCAAAAUCCAGUACAAAUGUAGAAGAGGCAUUUUUUACACUUGCACGAGAUAUAAUGACAAAACUCAACAGAAAAAUGAACGACAGCAAUUCAUCAGGGGCAGGUGGACCAGUGAAAAUAACAGAAAACCGAUCAAAGAAGACCAGUUUCUUCCGGUGUUCGCUACUUUGAUGAACUUUUUCUGAGAGACUGCAGCACACCUAGAGGACUCUUUCCUGCUUCUCUGAAAGCACAGGUCACCCAGCCUCAGAAUCACACCGCCAGGCUGCUGCUGAGAGCACCACCGAGCCUAGACCUCUCGACACAGAACACCUAGUGGAUUCCAGCCACACGGCCUAGCGAGAUAACAGGCUCCUUUUUUUCAAACAUGGAAGCAAUGAAAUGGAGACACAUGCAAGACUUGUUUUUCUCUUUGUUUUAUUGCCUGUUGCAGAAGCUGCUAUCUUUUCUUUUUCACUUUGCACAUCAGUGUUAGCCUUUCCCUGUUAUAGCAGUCUUAGACUCUCACAUGCACACUUUUGUCUCAUAAAGUUCUAGACAAAUUUGUGCUUUGGGGAUGUUUAAAACAAGAGUAGAACAUUUAAAGCAGAGGUCAAUAUAACUAAAAUUAAAGGACAUUUGGUUUGAUGUUCAUAUGGCCAGAUGUUAUUACAUUCAUGGCAUUUACUUAAGGGCUCUGAUUUGUGAUUUUCUUAAAUAAGAAUCAUUAAAUUCUGAUAAAAUUUAUCUUAAAAAUUUAUAAAAAUGUCCACCUAUUCAUCAUAGGCUGUAAUUUUUUUUAUUUCUUAUUGUUUAGCACUUUGCUUCAUUCUUGACUUUUUAGCCAGAGUCUGGGUAGCUGAAGAAAUCACUUUUCAGUUGAUUCCCUCUGCCUAAUCUAUAAAAACUGCAUUUGGAAAUGACCUUAAUCUCAUUUUUCUUGGGGUUCAUAUUUGCUGUCUUUUCCUAUGUUUGACCUAUUGUAAUCAGUCAGUUAUCUAAAACAUAACAUAUUUGACCAUUGUUGUCUGCUUCUAGUUGUGAACUCUUGAGCUGAAAUUUUACAUGGGCAGAGAGAUGUACCAUUUAGGGUUUUAUUUCAGCGUCUAAUUGUGGUUCCAUCACAUUAGCAUACAUAAUGUAUUUUGUCUUAGGUUUACUCCCCGGCUUGCUGAUUUAGUUGUAAUACCCAAUUCCUACCAUGAUUCCUGUGUACAAGAGUUAACAAGAGUUAAUUUAAAUUUUAAAGCUUACCUAAAGGAAGAGAUAUGACUUUUUAACAUAAACUUAGUAGAAAUAGCUCUUGGGAAUGGUGAAAAUGAUUUUUCGUUCUGUUUUUACUUGGGUUUUCAAACAAAAUAAGAAUACAUAGACUUAGUGCAGCCUCUAGGAAAAGUCUUGCUUUUUCAUUAGAGACAAUAUGAGCAAGGUUUCAGUUUUAAAACAGCUACAGUUGAAUGUGUAGAACCCAAUUCCAUCUGUUCAGGUUUGUUGUUAGAGAACUUGGUCCAGUCAUCUGGGCUGAAGCCAACCAAAAGCUUAGCUGUCUUUCUCACCAAACCCUGGAACUGGGAUACCUUUUGUAGAUGAAACCAUCACAUAGGAAAAGAAAGGGAUUCAGUGUUAACUGUGUGCCAAAUUAAGGUCAUGAUGUCAUUGCUGUUAUCCUAGCCUUCAGUGUCAUAACACAGGGGAGCUACAAAGAGGUGAUGAAGGAAAUGAAUUCUGUUCAUAAUUAUUCCUCCUCUUAGGCCUGUUUUGUUUCACAGAGUUUACCAUCAUGCUUGAAAUUAAGAAUUGGAAAUGGAAGUGGAAACAGAUUGCUUGUUACCACAGAGAAUUCUGCUUCAAAUUAAGAUGUAUCAUAGGAUGCCUGAACCAUUCAAACUUUUUGAAAACUUAUGCACAAUUUAGCUAUAGCAAAUAUAAAUAUUCCAGAGCUAUUUUUGAUGGGUACACUAAACAUUGUUAACAGAUUUUUUAAAAACUUACCUAUAGGCUUAAAGGCAUCUGUUGGUGCCGAGUAUAAUCAAGUGGUUCCUUGCAUGAAAGUUUGUAAGUCUACCAUCUUAAGAUUAGAUACAUCUUUGGAAAUAAAAAAUAAUUUCUUAGAAACAUCUUGUAUUCACUAAUUUUCUGAAAAAAAUUCCAAGCAGUUAAGCUUUCUGGAGGGUAACAAAGUAGUUUCUAAAAGGCAAGUGCUAUGACACCAUGUAUGAAUGUAAUUCUCUUAGUAAUUUACCUCUGACUAUUUGGUGUCUUAACACUUUGGUUUAUAUUAUCUCAGGGGUUAUCUGCAAACCAAAACUAUCAUAUCCUAUGGUUAGUUGUGUUUUUUUUUUUUUAACAAUGCUUUGCUUUUGUUUUAUUCUUUCUCUCUUCUUUUGUCUUAUAUGGAUUAAUAACUAGUCUCCAUGAAAUUCCCUUUGAAAGAGCCGUGAAAGCUAGAUGAGUCUAAAGGUGCUCUUUGAAGUAGCAGCAAUUUGGGGUAUAUGCUCUGUUGUAUAUAAA